AUGUGUUCUCUCGAACGAUUCAUUCCCUCCCCUCGAGUGAAUGCCAGAGAGUUUCUUGAUGGCGACAGGUUUGAUAGUGUGGCAAGAUAUGAAGAUGGAAGCCAAGUGAACUGCCCUACAGUCAAUUAAAAAAAAAAAAAGGAAAACAGCAGCGCAGCCAGAAUGGAUGAAUCUUUUGAUCCACUUAAGUGUAAUGAGGACCUGCCUUCCUCCCCUGGGUGUAACAUGGAUUAUGAUGACAUGCCAGAGUUGCAGGAGGUGGAAGAAGACCAGAGGUCUCAAGGGUUAUUUCAGGUUGGAGCAGGAGUGUCUCACCAGGAGCUCAGCUGCUCACCCCGCACCAACUGGCUCACUGAGCUGGCUAACAUAGCCACAAGUCCUCAGAGCCCCCUGCUGAAAAAUGCCCCUCAUAAGAGAUCUUCUCCAGUCCACAUCUUUGGCAACAGUAACAGUUUACAUUCCUAUGCUCGGCCUCCGUUAGCUAGUAGUGCACCCAACCCGUCCAGAGGCCACCUCAGGGAGCGUAGGCGUGUCAGGGCCAGCAGUGAAUCAGAGUCUGGAGUUUUCUCAAUGUCCUCAUCUUUUUCUGAUGAUGAAGACAUGGCUUGGUCUCACACUUGGCCCUCUACAGCUUGGCAUUGCUUCCUCAAAGGAACCCGCCUGCGCUUCCACAGAGGUCCUAAUGUGGAGUGGCAAGAUGCUGAUGAACUUGGGGAUUCUGAUGAUGACUCAGAUGAUGAAACCAUGAUGCCGUCCUCCUCCUCUGUCAAGAGAUAUGGUUCAGAGGGGCUGAAGUUAGUGAGCCAUGAGGAGACAGUGUCUUUUGGCCAGGCAGUUCUUAAACUGACCUUUGAUCCAGGCUCUCCUGAUGAUGGCCUCCUUACAGCCGAGUGCCGACUAGAUCACCCAUUUUUUGUCAAAAAUAAAGGGUGGUCUUCCUUUUAUCCGAGCCUUACUGUAGUGCACCAUGGGAUCCCGUGCUAUGAGAUGCAGUUGGGCGAUGUGUGUCUGCCACCAAACCACCCUGAUGCCAUUAACUGCGAUGACUCUGUCGUCUUUGACACCUUCAGAAGUUACGACUUCACCCCUCUAGAUUCCUCAGCGGUGUAUGUUCUCAGCAGCAUGGCUCGUCAGCGCAGAACCUCCUUGUCUAGUGGGGGAGCUGUCAGUCCAGACUGUGAUAAACUUGAGCGCUCCUGCUCACCACAAUCCUCCACAGGCAAAUCACACAGGAGCCACACCUCAGGGACAGCCAGUGGUGCCACGCCUACAAAAUGCAAGCGGCCAAUGAAUGCUUUCAUGCUCUUUGCCAAGAAGUACAGAGUGGAGUACACACAGAUGUAUCCUGGGAAAGACAACAGAGCCAUCAGCGUAAUCCUUGGUGACAAGUGGAAGAAGAUGAAGAGUGAGGAGAGGAGGAUGUACACCAUGGAAGCCAAGGCUCUGGCUGAGGAGCAGAAAAGACUCAACCCAGACUGCUGGAAACGCAAAAGAACCAACUCAGGUUCUCAACAGACCUAGAUAAUCCCCCACAAUCCCCUGCUGUUGGUGUUUGGCUUGGAGAGGUGCUGGACAGAGUCUGAUGGACCGCUUGAUGCCUCUUUGCUAUCCUCAUUUUUCAAGACUCAACUGUGAUGCUGAAUUCACUCGCUUUUUUUUUUUUAACCAUGAAACAUUAUUAGAGGAAGAAAAAAAAUGAAUUAUGACCUAUAAACAAACCAUAUAAUCUAGUCACUAACAGUGCAUAUAUUUUCUUAUAUCUUUUAUGUCAAAGAUGUCUUGUUCCCCUUAAAUAAGAGCGAACCUUGUCAGUUAUUUCAUAUUCAAGGUUGGAGAAUGGGAAGUUGCGGUGCUAUGCUGUGGCGUGGACAGAGCAGCAAACGGGUGUCUAUUUAAAAUUGUAUAAAGGGGAAUUUAAGAAUUUUUUUCACAACUGUUCCUAUAGAUUAUAUUUGUAACAUUCAAUAUAUUGCACAGAUAGGUAACCCUUUUCAUACAUUUUUAAUACAGUAUAUAUUCUGCAGAUAAACUAUGGCCAACUUUUACCCUGCCAAGUCUUUACAGUGAUGUUUUCACCAACCACCAGGCCAUAUGAUGAGACGACUCCAGCAUGUGGUGGUGGGUUUACACUCAGUCACAAAUCACUUCAGGCCUUCACUGUAAGUGUUUGUUUCUUAUGCACUUUAUAUAAAUAUGUAAUCUAAUCUUAUACAGCCAUUGUAUACUGGUGGAAACUGUUUGUAUCAUACUGCUUGUAGCUUUGAUAGUUAUCUGUUUGACACAAUCAUGGCCCAGGAGCCAUGCUCUGCUUUCAGGUUGCCACUGACUUUUUUUAGUGCUUUGUUCAUAAUGUACAGGUUUCACAGCCCCAACAACCUCUUGCACAGAAUAUCCUUGUAUUAUAUUAUAAAUAAUUUUUUAAACUUGCUUCUUACUCAAGUGUUUGGGUCUUUUUCAUAAACUGUAAUCACCA